AUGGCCGCCCUGGCGGCUUCUCUUGCACGUCAUGGCAAGGCAGCUUCGACAGUCGACAUCAGCUGGUAUCCACCGAAUGCCACAGUUAUCAAUGACUUAUCUCAGGUCAUUGGAGGUUCAGGUGUUUACGGGUUCAUCUACAACAGCUCUACGACUCCCCCCAACGAAUAUGGAACCUACAAUUGGUGCAACAUGCCGCAUGUGCGUGCGACUGAAUACAAACGUCCAUCGCCUGAAUACCAGUUGCAGUACGUAGAAGUGAUCCACAGACAUCAUAAACGAACCGUAUACGCAUCAAACUCCUUCCCUGUCGAAUCAUACGGUUGGAACUGCGACGACGAGGGUCUCUUUUACUAUGGGCAGCCAAAAUCCGGGAAGAAGUCUGCAAACGCAUACUGGCAAGGAUAUAUAUCCCCCACGAACCCCUUCGUGCCAUCUGGCUUUUUGGGAACUUGUCAGUUUCCGCAAAUCACUGCAGAUGGGUUGGACGAUUCUUGGCAGCAUGGCAAGGAUUUGUACCACGUAUAUCAUGAUAUACUGCGGUUCUUGCCAGACAAUGUCGACGAUAAAAUUACAUUCCGAGUAACCCAGAAUGUUAUCACCAGCGAAGUCGCAGGUAUGGUUAUCAAUGGGAUGUUGGGCACAGAAGCAGACUACCCCCUCUUGGUGGAGGCCAGCGGAAUUGACUCCUUAGAACCAACAUAUACUUGCCCUGUGUCCUCCAACCUAUUCUCCGCUAUUGAAUCUGGGGCCAAUUGGACGAGUCACCUGUCGGCUGCAGCACCUCUUUAUGCCACCCUUGACAAUAUUUCUGGUGUCUCGCCCACUGACCCUGGCUUUCAUGCCAGCUUCGACCAUUACUACGACAACCUUUCGGCACGUCAAUGCCACGCAAAGCCUCUUCCAUGCAAACUUGUCAACGGGGUGAACUCGACGACGUGUGUUACUCAAGAUGAGGCUGAUGAAGUCUAUCGACUGGGCAAUUACGAGUACUCUUAUAUGUACCGUGACGAUCCGAGGAGUUUGGCUGCAAGUGCAACAAGCUAUGGCGUAUGGAUCGGGGAGCUCACCACUCACAUCCGGGAUUUUAUCAGUGGAAAUAGCAGCGUGAUUUACAGACACAACGUUGCACACGACGGGUCCAUAUCGAGACUGCUUUCUGUGUUGCAGAUAGAUGUAAUGGUUUGGCCAGGAAUGGGCUCAGAAGUCGUUUUUGAACUUUAUAAGAAGGCUUCCACCCCGGUACCGCCAAUACCCCAUUCCUCGGCAAGACCAUCCCCAACUUUCCCCACGAGUUCAAGUGGCUACUACCUCCGUGUUUUGUGGGGUGGCCAAGUCAUGCGAAGCUCCAACCCAAGUUUGGGCCUGAUGGAUAUGGUACCAUUAGAGACCGUGCUUGCAUAUUUUGAUGGAUUGGUCGGAGCGAGAGCCAGUUUGGUUCAAGGCAAAUGUAAUGGAACUAUUCCCAUAUAG